AUGGCUGUUGGAAAUAGGUCUUUUGUGACUGAAUUUAUCCUGAUUGGUUUAACAGACCAGCCCAGUCUCCAACUCCCUCUGUUCUUCCUGUUUCUUCUAAUGUAUUUGGUGACUAUGAUGGGGAAUUUGGGUUUGAUAAUUCUAAUUGGACUGAAUUCACAUCUUCAUACACCCAUGUACUUUUUUCUCUUUAACUUGUCUUUGAUAGACUUCUGCUACUCUUCAGUGUUUACACCCAAAAUGCUGUUGAACUUCAUAGUAAAUAAGAAUAUUAUCUCUUAUAUAGGUUGUAUGACCCAACUCUAUUUUUAUUCAUUUUUUGUUAUUUCUGAGUGUUAUGUGUUAAUGUCAAUGGCCUAUGAUCGCUAUGUGGCCAUCUGUAACCCGCUCUUAUAUAAUAUUGCUAUGUCUCCUAAAAUAUGUUCCUACCUAAUGCUUGGUUCAUAUUUGAUGGCAUUUUCUGGUGCCAUGGCUCACACAGGAUGCAUGCUGAGACUGACCUUCUGUGAUGCAAACACCAUCAAUCACUACUUCUGUGACAUCCUCCCUGUGAUGCAGCUCUCCUGCACCAGCACCUAUGUCAAUGAAUUGGAGGUUUUCAUUGUGGUGGGCAUCAACAUCAUUGUGCCCAGCAUCACCAUCUUUAUCUCUUAUGGUUUCAUUGUCUCCAGCAUCUGCCAUAUAAACUCUGCUGAGGGCAGGUCCAAGGCCUUCAGCACCUGCAGUUCCCACAUAAUUGCUGUUUCUCUGUUCUUUGGAUCAGAAUUGAAGGUUUGAAACCCCCAGAGAUUGACACAUCCCUAUAAAGCAAGUGUAAAGGAAUGACAUAAAAGCUUUUCUCUCAUGAUGAGGUAA